AUGGCAGGGAAAGGGAGAGUGAUUUCCAAAAGAAUUGGAGUUUUUGCAUUGAUGUUUAUGUUUGCUAUAGGGAUAGCUCAGUGCCGGAGGUUUGAAAAGGAUAAUUUCGGUGGUGGUGCCGGAGGAGGGCUCGGUGUUGGUGUUGGUUUAGGAGGUGGAGCUGGGGGAGGGCUUGGCGGUGGAGGUGGAGGAGGACUUGGUGGGGGUGGUGGAGCCGGUGGUGGCGCUGGAGGAGGUCUUGGUGGUGGUUUAGGAGGCGGAGCAGGUGGUGAUGGUGGUUUAGGAGGCGGAGCUGGAGCUGGCGGUGGCGGUGGCGUUGGAGGAGGUCUUGGUGGCGGUUUAGGAGGUGGAGCUGGAGGCGGCAGUGGUUUAGGAGGCGGAGCAGGUGGUGGUGGUGGUUUAGGAGGCGGAGCUGGAGAUGGAGCUGGCGGUGGCGUUGGAGGAGGUCUUGGUGGCGGUUUAGGAGCUGGAGCUGGUGGCGGCAGUGGUUUAGGAGGCGGAGCUGGUGGUGGUGGUGGUGGUUUAGGAGGCGGAGCAGGAGGUGGAGCUGGAGGCGGAGCAGGUGGAGGUUUCGGAGGCGGUGCUGGUGGAGGAAUUGGGGGAGGAUUCUAAUUCCAAAACGUGCAUGGUAUGGUUGCAAAACCAUGCAAAUUACUCCUAACGUGGCGCAAUUCUAAGCAUGCAAAUGCAUCUUAUAGUGUUAUUAGUAAUUAUCAAGCAAAAUAAUGAGAGAAAAAAAGGCUGCAAAAUGCUUCUUAGGCUUAGCUACCGAAUUUCUCUGCUAAAGAUGUAAUUUCCUCUCUUUAUUAUUGACAUUAUUUACCAACUGUAGCACCAAGAAGAGAAGUGCAUACAAUUAUUGUAACUCUGUCCUAUUAAAUAGAAUUAAAUAAAUUUAUGUCGAUUUAAUCAAA